UCGCAGGCUUGUAAGCAGACAGACACAACGCGCGCAUGGACAUGAAUGGGCUCUUGGAACAUUACGCGGGACGAUAGAAACGUUGAAGUAUCGUAAAAGAGCAGUAGCAGGCUUAUUUACAUCACGACUGCCUGUCCAGCUAGCAUAUUACAAUCCAUAUGUAACCGACAUAGUUACUUAGAACAGUUGUACUUAUGUGCUUUCUUUUUCGGAGUCAGUUUUUGUCUUGACAAAACAGCCUGUCGCAGAUAACAGAAAAGCACGCCGAUUUGACUGACUCUUUCAGACUACAAAGAUAUAGGCUACAGACAACUAAUUGGGAUGUAUGAAAGUGAAGAAGGAUAUCCGAAGUCUACAUAAACACGUUUUAAUCUGUCAGGAGAGAAGAUGAUUCCGCCAGGGAACAUGCAGGACGAGAGUUAUGGGAAUGAAAACGAGCGGGACCAGAACGACAUACCUCAGUCACCGGCAAUAAGCAUCAGUCAGGAGACGAAGUUACAGAGAAUGAAGCGCUCCUUGUCCUUCAAGACCAAGACCAUGCGCAGUAAAAGUGCAGACAACUUCUUCCAGAGGAACAGUGACAACAAGCUCCAGACUGAGCUGCUCUCAGACGCCAGCAACAGCACGGGCCACCUAUCGGGCUGUGGGGUAGUCUCCCUUUCAGCCCACCCGGUCGCUACCAAUCUGUCCAUCCCCCCUGUGCCCCCCCCCAUCCCCUCGGCCCCGCCACCCUCCUCGGUCCGCACGCCGUUGCGCAACGGCCUCGAGGUCGACGCGUCGGGACACAGCUUCAUGGAGCACAUCUUCAAGAAGCCCACCUUCUGUGACGUCUGCAAUCACAUGAUCGUAGGUACCACAGCCAAGCACGUGGUGUUUCUGGCAGGGAACACGGCAAAGCACGGCCUCCGCUGCAAGGCCUGCAAGAUGAGCAUCCACCACAAGUGUGAGAACGGCGUUGGAAUCCAGCGCUGCAUGGGAAAACUGCCUAAGGGUUUUCGUCGCUACUACAGCUCCCCACUGCUCAUCCAGGAACAGUUUGGCUGCAUUAAGGAAGUCAUGCCCAUUGCUUGUGGCAGUAAGGUGGACCCAGUGUACGAAGCUCUGAGGUUUGGGACAUCUCUGGCACAGAAGAACAAGAGACCCAGCGGAUCAGAAUCACCACACGGAAACUCUACAAGUGACUUGGCCCAGGUACCAGAGGAGGCCACAGCACACAGUAGCCGGCACGAACUCACCAGGAAACACAGCGAUGAUGUUUUCUCAGAUGUGGAGAACGGCACAGAACAUUACCAUCUACCAGAGAGGAGGCCAGAGGAGUCUCCGGAGCGUAGGCAUCUGAGAAAGGACGUCCUGCAACUCAAUACCUAUGUGGCCUUGUACACAUUCACUCCACAGGAGAGUCAGGACCUGGAGAUGAGUCCUGGUGACAGGAUCGUACUGGCAGAUGACUCCAACGACGACUGGUGGAAGGGCUUCAUCGAGGACAGGGUCGGCUUCUUCCCAUCAUCCUUUGCUCAGCAGGUUCGGGUGGGGGAUCGAGUAUUCAGGUGCACCCGGACGUUCAUCGGCUGUAAGGAGCAGGGUCAGAUCACCUUGAAGGAAGGACAGAUUUGUGUGAGCAGUGAGGAUGAGCAUGGUGGCUUCAUCUGUGUAGCCAGUGGAAAGAAGAGAGGCUACGUCCCCUGUGAUGUCCUGGAAAACAUCUGAGAGAGAAUCAAAGAGUGACAGAGAGGCAGAGAGAGAGAAAAAGAAGUGAAGAGAAAGAGAGAGAUGGGUGGAUGGCAGGAGAAAGAGAGGGGGAGAGACAGUCCUGAGAUUCACAGUAUUGGUGACUCUGAUUGUCGCUAAGUUCAGAUGCCAGACUUGAUUGCGCCUUCAGCUUCAAAAUGGCCACCUGAAUCCAUGGAGGGAAUUCACUGCUGAACUGUGAACGCCCCUGCCGCUGCCCCUGGAAGGACCCAGCUCAGCCCAGGACUGGAGACCCUCCACAUCCCCUUCUGUCCAAGAACACAGAUCCUGAGACUCAUAAGCUGCCAGUCGAGCUUGUGGUGAGAGAGAGUGGGUUUGAUGAAUAAUGGGACGUGGUUAGAUUUUUCAGUUGUCUUGUUUAUUUGUUUUUGUCAUAUGAAGGACUGUUGUGGUUUCUUUCAAGGAUGUUGUUUGGCAGUUCCGGCGACAAUAAUAUGCAUGAUUGGAGUUGUGUGUAAGUGCGUUUUUGCUUCCACUCUGAUAGAAAGCAUAGGGAAAUCUAGUUUUGUUUACAUGUUUUUCAUCGAAGAUAUUAUUUUCUGUGACUGGUAUGGUUCUGCCUCCUUGUUUAGCCUACACCCCUCAAAUUUGCCUACACAGAUUAUUCUCUGAAACACAGCCACGUAACUCUACAUAAUUAUUAUUGCUGUUCAUACAAUCUAAAUUCUUGACAGUAGCACUUGCUGUAACAAACAUUAGUAGCUUUUCUUAAAUACAUGUUUUGUCAUACAAUACCUCCCCACCAAGAUUUAGUGCAGCCUGCAGGGCAGUUACCACCUGUUCUUCAAUAGCAUAAAGCUGUGAUUAGUCCUCCUUUAUGGAUCCAAAACCUCACGUUACUUUUGUGACAGAAGGAAAACAACAUAACGAGAGCACUGACGAGAGCACUGAUACUAAACGAGAGGAUUUUCAAUGGAGUUUGAAUCAAAUCAAAGAUUUUAAUUUUCAAAGACAUUUCUAUUCCCUAGCAAAAAGAAUAUUGGUUAGUUAGCGAUUUUCCCCUCAGAGCAAUUUCUUAAUGAAUAAUAUUGAGGAAGAUUAUUCAAAUCUUCAUAGGAAACUUUAAAAGCGGUCAUAUUGUCUGAAGUUUACAGUGACUACCAAAUGUAUUUGUCUGUAUUAUGUUAUUCUAUCUGCACAAUACUUUUCAGCCUGCAUUUUAUUUUACUUAUUCAUAAAGAUCACAAAAGGCUGAGCAACCCUAACAUGGAUUGGAAUAUGUAUUCCUUUGUAUUUUCAUGUUAUUGAUGUUAAAUCUGUAUUGUAUUUCAACAUCUUGAAAAGAGAUAUAGGAGUUGCCUACAGUAUACACAAGGAUGUUAUGAUGAUCUAUGUGUAUGUAUGACUGGUCCAUUGGCAGUAAGAUGGUCAAACCUUUUUAGAUUGCAUAGUACGUUCAAACCAUGAUUAUUAAUACCAAUAAGUUAUACUGUAUUCUUCAAAGUGUAUGAAUAUUUCUCAUCAGUUGAAAUCAAUGGAAGUAUAAGGGACUGUGGCUUUAAUUGAAGUGUAAUUAUUCUCUACACGUUUUCCUCUUUGUCGUGAUCUGUUCUUUUAAGAUUAUCCUGCGGAGGUUAUUUUAAGUUUCCCGCUCAUAACUGCUGUUUUUAGCUGUUGAUCAUUCUUUUAAACAAAACAGCAAAGGUAUGUCAGUUGAUCUUUUUUCCAAACAUUACACUGCCCUGAGACGUGUACAUACUGUAUGCACUGGAUUAAAUAUAUUUAUUAUCAAAAUACAUACAUAGAAUUAGAUUCUAGACUUAUUUGUAUAGUUUGUAUACGUUUCUAAAACCUCCAAACAUGAAGUCAACUUCUCUCUUCAUCCUCC